GAUGUGAUAAAUAUGACCUUUUAUUUCAGGCCCGGGUCGUUACUGUGACAUUUCUUUUAGGCUGUCUGUCCACAUCAUCAUGGCGUUUUCCCUGAGAAGCGAUGCCCGCAGGCCUGAGACCCCGGACACCGAGUCCCCGGCUCUGUCCACCUGCAGCAACGCAGACAUCUUCCGCAGGAUGAACACCAUGCUGGGGAACGCGCUGGACUUCACCGGUGUGUGCACCACACCCAACAGCUCCAAGCAAAGGCCCGACCUGCUGUGUGAAGAGUCGGAUCGGGCUGCAGUGGGCAGCAGGAGGAUGCUUUUUCCCAACUGUGGGGGCAUACCCGGCUCCCAGGACGUGCCUUCGUCCAGGGGCUCGUCGGACGUCACAGACCUGGGCCUUGGCCUCCAUUCUCUCCGUCUGUCCAGCUGGGACAGACCGUGGAGCAGCCAGGAGAGUGACAUGCACACGCCCAUGUCCCAGGUUCAGACCGGCUCUUCCUCUUCCUCUGUGCUGGGUAUGCUGAACAGCCCCUUCAGUAGCAUCCUUGGGAAGUCCCCAGGGUAUUUGCCCCACGAGUCCGUGAGCAUGACUGCUGACUUGCUGGAGAAGUUCCCAGGCAUAGCACGGAUGGCGAACCGACUGGACUCCAGCCCCUUCCUGAACUCUCGCUCCAGCAGUCCUGAAGACUCUGAAACCAGUGGCUUUAGCUCUGGCUCAGAUCACCUCUGUGACAUGCUGUCAACUCUGCGGAUUUCUCCUCCUCUGCCUUAUCCAUCAUCAAACAUGCAGAAGGAUCUGCUGAGGCUGGGCUCCCGUCUGGACCCUCAGGACUCUAGUUCUCCUCUGACCCCGCCAUCCAGCGCCAGCCCCGCCUCCUCGUCUAUUUCCCGCCGCUGGCGCACCGGCUCCUCCUGGCCCGGUUCAGAGCUACUGGACCAGUCAGAUGAUGCAUUCAGCAUUGAGAGGGAGGCCCGUCUGCACAGACAGGCUGCAGCUGUAAAUGAAGCCACAUUCACUUGGAGUGGUCAGCUGCCCCCCAGGACCAACAAGGAUCCUAUUUACUCCUGCAAAGUCUUUCUUGGUGGUGUGCCCUGGGACAUCACUGAAGCUGGCCUGAUCAACACCUUCAGUGGCUAUGGCCCUCUGACCGUGGAGUGGCCAGGUAAGGAUGGGAAGCACCCUCGCUGCCCUCCUAAAGGUAAUGUGGCUAAAGGCUAUGUUUACCUGGUGUUUGAGAAUGAGAAGUCUGUGCGGGCUUUGCUUCAAGCGUGCUCCCAGGAUCCCUUUCACCCGGAGGACAGCAGGGAGUAUUACUUUAAGAUGUCCAGCCGCAGAAUGCGUUGCAAGGAUGUGCAGGUGAUUCCCUGGGUGAUCUCUGACAGUAACUACGUGCGCUGCCCCGCUCAGCGUCUGGACCCCAGUAAGACGGUGUUUGUUGGUGCUCUGCACGGCAUGUUGAACGCCGAGGCCCUGGCCAGCAUCAUGAACGACCUGUUCGGAGGAGUCAUGUAUGCUGGCAUCGACACGGACAAACACAAGUAUCCCAUAGGUUCUGGGCGCGUCACUUUCAACAACCAGCGUAGUUACCUGAAGGCUGUGUGUGCAGCGUUCGUGGAGAUUAAAACACCCAAGUUUACUAAGAAGGUUCAGAUCGACCCGUACCUGGAGGACUCCAUGUGUCAGGUUUGCCUUCGUCAGCCUGGGCCUUUCUUCUGCAGAGACCAGGCCUGCUUCAAGUACUACUGCCGCUCCUGCUGGCACUGGCAGCACUCGAUGGACAUCUUGAGCAACCAUCGGCCCCUAAUGCGCAACCAGAAGAACAGGGACUCCAGCUAAAGCGGAGGGAUCCAGACUGUCUGUAAGGACAAAGGAAGGACCCCCGUAUGGGGUGAGGCUGCCCGCCGAGGAAAGCACGUGUGCUGGGCAUCCCUCUGUACGAGGGCACCAUGGCACUCCACCAGGCACUGGGGAUCUCACUGUAGAAAAUGUUCACUUUUGCACUUGCUACAUUUUUGCUGUUGUUCACAGUGGCACUAUGCACAGUGACCUUGUUGGGAAUAAACAAGGGGCCCUUCACACUAAAAGCAUUUUCUGACUUGUGGCCAGACCAUGAUGGGAGUCAGCCUAAAAUUAAGAUGUGGAUGAAAAUGCCUUUUUCUUUUUUUUUUUCUUUUUUUGUUUACAUGUGUUGCAUAGUGAAGAGCAAUCACGCAAGUCUCAUUGCCGUUCCAUUGGCAAAUGCCAUACAGUGCCUUUAAAUUUUUAGUUUUCCCCCUCUUCCCUCCCCUUACCCCAGCUGGCAUCUGGUUUCCUGUAAAGCCAGCUGGUGUUUCUUACUUUUGGGAGUUGAAUGUUGGGCUUCAUUUAACCAGUCGCAUUUCAGACAUUUUUACGCAGUUUUUUACUAAUUUGUAAACAAACGGUUUUAAGUCAAGACAUGAAAAUUUUGAACAAUUAUACCAAGUGGCUGUUUAUGGGAAAACCCUUUUUAUUUUUUUUUUCUCAUACAUUUUCAGAGGCUUUUUUUUUUAAUUUGCCCUCCCAAAUUUCAACUGAAUGGGCACAAAUGUUGGAUGUACUACUUUAACUUGCUUUGAUCUAGUUAUUAAAUUUGUAUUAGUACUACUGGAUAAGUUUCAACAGGUAAUCCAUCACUUUUAAAGCAAGUGAUGGAUGCUCUUGAAACUGAACUUAUUUGGUCACUUUUUCCCACUUUUUAAUUUGCACGCGUGGAGAGGUGGCAGUGUUUUAAUCACUUUGUACAUCAGCGGGGGACAUGCCCGUCAGAAGGGCUGCAUGUUUCCUGUUGGAUGUAAGAACUUCCACUUAGCUGAUGCUAAUUUAUCUUUCAGAGCUUGAGUAGACCCCUGUAAACGACCCCUCGCUUUCUUAUCCAAUUUUUGCCUUCCUGUUCCAGUUGGACGUAAAUGCAUAAUAAGCUGUGUGCCAAAGACUCCGUGUCUUUACUUUACUCAUUAGGUUUGUCAUGCUGAGCUUGUUGUCCUUUAGCCCAGCUGCUUUUUUAGUUUUGAAAGUCUACCUCAUUGUGGUCUGCCAAGUUUGCUGCUACUUAACAGUUGUGGAGUUUGUUCAGAUUGGGCACAAUAAAGGUGUUUAAGCAUUAA